UCGAAGUGUUGGGUUCGGGUUUAAAAAUAAAAUUAAUUUCGCGUUGGUUUUUCCGAUUUUUCCAAAUUGUAACAAAUUUUUUUCGAUUUAACCAUGUAUUGAUUCGUAUUUGACAGAUUGAGAAGAGAAUAAAGAGUGUGCGUGAAAAAUAAACGCGAAACGAUGGUUAAAUUUUGAUUUUUCGCGAAGAAGUCGGGUUAAAUUCGUUUUGUUGGGUUACCAUGAGACUUAUCCCGGUUUUUUACCAUGGAUUUACGGCCAUGGACAGAAGAUUUUCGAUCCCUAUGUUGCCGUGGAUCGUUUCUGAGAUCAGGAAGAGGGAUUCUUACGAAAGGCUAAGUUUGGGAGUUGAAGAUGGGAAUCUCCAAGCUUAUAAUUCGGAUUUUGAGAUCCAAUUUUCGCACAAACUCAACCGGAUGACGCGAUUCUCCCAAGCCGAUCUCGAUCCAAGCACUUUCCUUUAUCUCCUCCGCGAUGAGACGGACCAAUUAUUAUUUUGCUACUUAUUCCAAGCUUCCAAGAACUCCGAUGUUAUCGAUUUAUAUCAACAAAUGAAAGAAAACACAACCUCUUUAACCCCAACUUCUUCCUCGAAAUCAAACAACAAUGGUUCUAAUCUAACAACUUUACCUGUGGACAUUUCUCCAAGUUCAAGCAACUUUUUCGAGGUUUUGUAUAUUGGUAAAAUAAAGGUAUGGAACAAAAAGGUUCCCGAUACAUUCAUCGACGACGCUUUAGAAAAGUUCAAAGCACACGAUUUGGAGAAGGCACGCAAACGCUUGGAGAAACUCCGAAGCGAAUCGUUUAUUCGCCGCGGAUCCGUUGAUAUUCAUAACGAAAAAAACGAUUCUUUCGUAAAAGGACCCCAUUUAUUACAGCGAUCGCAAUCGGUUGUAGCCGAUAUCGGCUUAAAAUCGCCUGACGUUGAUUGUACAACUUUAGAGAAUGUAAAAACGAAUGAAAACGAUAAUAACGCGAGUUUCGAUAAAAAUUUUAACCCAAAAGAACGAACAAUUUUACCCAAAAUCGAUGAUCACAACCGCACGAUGGUUCUUCAAAUCGACAGGACCGAUUUACGAUUAAUUAGCCCCGAUAGAAAAGUGAUUUUAUUACAAAAACAUCACAAAGACAUCACAACUUGCGUGCGAGGAGUUAAAAAUUCGCAACAUUUCGGGUUCGUUUCAAAAGAAGGAAACAAUUUGGGCACUUUUAUCGGUUAUGUUUUUAAAUGCGAAUCACAAUCGAUAUCUACAGAAGUAGUUGGUGCGAUUACGCAAUCUUUUAACAGCGUAGAAAACAAACCGAAACCAACGAUCGUUUCCUGCGAACAUUGCCCCAUGGUUUGGUUCCACAAAUUAUGUUGCGAAAUCGAGAAUUUAUCCGAUAAAAAAACCCAAGGGGCAAUUAUAAGGAGAAUCGAACAAUUAGACGAAGAAGAGCAAACAAUAAUCUUAACAAAAUACCGCGGCGUUGAAACCGAUUCGAUUCGCGACCAAAACGAAUUGUUGAUGAUGUUAUUAAGGGCACAUUGCGAGAUGAAACAAGGCCGACACGUCCACGAUUCCAUCGAGAAUCGAACUGAAUUUUUAAAUCAAUAUUUGGGGAUCGGCGGCGGGGGAGUUGCUGGAAAUACGAUUUUUAUGAAGGCGAAGAGAUCGCUGACGACUUCUUUCGAUAAUUUGUUGAAAAGGAGGGCUUCGAAGGACGAUUUUUCCAUCUCAACUAACGGGGGAACGAAGGAAAUGACACUUCCGGUUGGAGCGGGUGAUUGCGCGGAUUGCGAAAACAAAUCGAAUCAAAAAGAUGAAUUGGAUGUUAAUGGAAAGGAUAAAAAUGGGAAUUUGGAUAAAAAUUUAAAGUCUCCGAUGAUGGAUAUAUUUUUAAAAGUGGGUACUCCAAAAUCGAGCGAUGAAACUUCCCCAAACAACACCAAACCGGAACACGGUUCUUAUCGCCAAGCCAUUUUUAAACGUGUUAUAACACCCCGCAAAAACGAGCAACACCGAAAACGCCGCACUCCAGAGGAAUUAAGAACUUUAUGGAAAAACUCGAUCCGUCAAGCGAUCCUUUUAGUGCGCAUGGAAAAAGAAAACGCGCGUUUGAAAGCGCGACAAGAAGAGAAGGAUUUGAAACGGGUUAAAUUGGAGUAUGAUGAGUUGUUUGGGGAGAAAUGCUUCGAUUUGAGCAAUUUUAAUAAUUACGAAAUCGAUGAGAUGGUUAAAAAUGGUAUCCCAAAAAUAAAGCGGGGCGAAAUUUGGAAUUAUUUAGCGGAUAAAUUCGAUAAGGAUGAAUCAAAAGCGAAAUUAAUCGACCUAAAUUUAUUCCCGAAUUAUUACGUUUCGUAUGAAAAUUUAUUAAAGCAGCUUACCUCGCAUCAACACGCGAUUUUAAUCGAUUUGGGGCGAACUUAUCCCGCACAUCCUUAUUAUAAGAGCCCUUUAGGCCCUGGGCAAUUAGCACUGUUUAAUUUAUUGAAGGCUUAUUCUUUGUUGGACCCCGAAGUGGGGUAUUGCCAAGGAUUAAGUUUUGUAGCAGGGGUUUUAUUGCUACAUAUGGAGGAAUCCCAAGCUUUUUCGCUUCUUCGCCACUUAAUGUUCCAACGCGAUCUCAGGAAGCAAUAUUUACCUGAUAUGAUUGGGCUCCAAAUAAAACUUUAUCAACUUUCUCGUCUCCUCCACGAUAAAAUCCCCGAAUUAUACGAUCAUUUUGAUUUAUACGAAAUCGCCCCAACUUUAUACGCGGCCCCUUGGUUAUUAACCAUGUUUGCCUCCCAAUUUCCUUUGGGUUUUGUGUCGCGGGUGUUCGAUUUAAUUUUCGCCGACCACCCUGAGGUUGUUUUUAAAAUUUCGAUGGCGCUUUUAACUCGUUUUAAAGACGAUUUAUUGAAAUGCGAGAAUUUCGAGGAAAUUAUGGGGCUUUUAAAGAAUCGCCUACCAAGGAUGGUCGAGAAUUCGGAGAUUUUUAACGAAAUUUUAACUGAUAUUAACAAAAUUGAAGUAACUAAGAAGUUAAACGAAUACAAAGUCGAAUAUUUAGUGCUACAAGAAGAGAUAUUGAGCGUCCAACCCCAAGUUGAGAACUUAAAUAAGUUAGAGGAAACAAAUAAAAGCUUAAUUGAAGAAAAUAAGAACCUAAAAAGAGAAAUCGAUGUAUUAUCCGCCGAAAUUAACCGCUUAGAGAUGUCUAAAACUAAACAAAAUUCGCAAAUUAAUAACUUAAUAACGCAAAAUCGCGGAUUUGAGGUGACCAUUUCCGCUUUAACUUCGUUUAUUAAUACUUUAAUCGAGGAAAAAGUUGAUGUGGAAAUCCCCGGCGACGUUCGGAGGAUUUUAUCGCAAUUUUCGUUGAGUGAGAAACGAAAAAUUGAGUCAAAAAAUAAUUUUUUAAACGCCAUGUUUAAAAAAACCGACGGAAAUUCGAGGGUUUUGGUGAAAUCGUUAAGCACGGGGAAGAUUUCGGAGGCCCCAAUUCGCAAUAACGGGUUCUUCGCGAAAUCCUACAACCACAUCAUGCAAAGGCAAAGGACUUUAUCCGAAAACGACGAGUGCGAGAUGGAGGAAAAACCACUCCAAAAAAAUUCCCCAACUAACUCGAUCGAUUCGGGAGUUUAUAGCCCGCGAGAUGAGGAUCACCCAAAUACUUAAUUAAUUAAUUAAUUAAGCUGUGUAUGUGUAUUAUAAUUUCUUGUUUUUAUUAUAAAUAAUAAGUAAAUAAAUAAGAAUUAAUAUUUUAACGAUUUCUCACUAAACUUGGUCCUUUGGAAAAGAGAUGGCGCCGCUUUGUUAUGUCAAAUUAGUUUUUAACCUAAAAAUGGAUUUAACCUCGACGAUCUUAAUGUUAAUCCUAAUUAAAUCGAUAAAAAGCGGAGAUUUUGAUGUUUAUUGGCGUGAUUAUAAAGGAAAAAUCACAAAAGAUGCUGUCCCCGCUGAAAGAAACUCCGUUUAUAUUGGGCAAGUUAUUUACGAAUGAUUUUUAUUCCCCGUAUCGAUUUACGGAAAAUCCAAGAUCGUUUAGGAAUAUUACGGAAAAUUCGAAGUAACUCAAGAUAUAAAAAUCCUUUGUUCUGGAAAUUUAGAUAAAGUAGAUAAAAAUCUAGUUAAGAAGUGGUGAAUAAGAUAAAAGGUGAAUAAAUGAUUUAAAAUAACCUUGAUGUCCUUCAUGGAAAUAAUUUAAUUUGAUGAAAAGGUGUUUAUUGAAGAGAUAUUAAUGGAAAUUAACCUAAAGAUGCCGUGGAUGAUGAAAAAUCAAUUAAAAUUGAUGUUUAUCAAAAUUUUUAACUCCGAUAAUCAUUAAUCGGAAGAAAAGGAUUUUUGUUAGGGAAUAAUACGGAAAAUAAGAAAUAAAAAAGUUUAUCAAGAAAAGGCGUUUAUUGGAGUGAUUUUAAUGGAAAUUAACCUAAAAAUACCAUGGAUGCUGAGAAUCCAAUUAAAAUCGAGGUUCGUCAAGAUUUUUUUUAAUUCCAAUAACCACUAAUUAGAAGAAAAGGAUUUUUGUUUCGGAAUAAUACGGAAAAUAGAAAAUAAAAUGAAUUUAUGAAGAAAAGGUGUUUAUUGAAGAGAUUUUAAUGGAAAUUAACCUAAAGAUGCCGUGGAUGAUGAAAAAUCAAUUAAAAUUGAUGUUUAUCAAAAUUUUUAACUCCGAUAAUCAUUAAUCGGAAGAAAAGGAUUUUUGUUUGGGAAUAAUACAGAAAAUAAGAAAUAAAAGGAUUUAUUAAGAAUAGGCGUUUAUUGGAGUGAUUUUAAUGGAAAUUAACCUAAAGAUACCAAGGAUGCUGAAAAACCAAUUAAAAUCGAGGUUCGUCAAGAUUUUUUUAACUCCGAUAACCACUAAUUGAAAAAAAAGAAUUUUUGUUUCGGAAUAAUACUGAAAAUAAAAGAAUUUAUCAAGGUGUUUAUUGAAGAGAUAUUAAUGGAAAUUAACCUAAAGAUGCCGUGGAUGAUGAAAAAUCAAUUAAAAUUGAUGUUUAUCAAAAUUUUUAACUCCGAUAAUCAUUAAUCGGAAGAAAAGGAUUUUUGUUAGGGAAUAAUACGGAAAAUAAGAAAUAAAAAAGUUUAUCAAGAAAAGGCGUUUAUUGGAGUGAUUUUAAUGGAAAUUAACCUAAAAAUACCAUGGAUGCUGAGAAUCCAAUUAAAAUCGAGGUUCGUCAAGAUUUUUUUUAAUUCCAAUAACCACUAAUUAGAAGAAAAGGAUUUUUGUUUCGGAAUAAUACGGAAAAUAGAAAAUAAAAUGAAUUUAUGAAGAAAAGGUGUUUAUUGAAGAGAUUUUAAUGGAAAUUAACCUAAAGAUACCAUGGAUGCUGAAAAACCAAUUAAAACUGAGGUUCGUCAAGAUUUUUUUUAACUCCGAUAACCACUAAUUGAAAAAAAAGGAUUUUUAUUUUGGAAUAAUACGGAAAAUAAAAAAUAUAAGGAUUUAUCAAGAAAAGAUGUUUAUUGAAGAGAUUUUAAUAGAAACUAACCUAAAGAUACCAUGGAUGCUGAAAAACCAAUUAAAACCGAGGUUCAUUAAGAUUUUUUUUUACUUCAAUAACCACUAAUUAGAAGAAAAGGAUUUUUGUUUGGGAAUAAUACGGAAAAUAAGAAAUAAAAUGAAUUUAUUAAGAAAAGGUGUUUAUUGAAGAGAUUUUAAUGGAAAUUAACCUAAAGAUACCAUGGAUGCUGAAAAA